AUUAAAGCGUGUUUGUGUGUGUCUGGAAAUGCAUAAUAAUACAUAUGUAACUUUGGUUACAGACAUCUCAUUCUAAAACAUAUGUUGGAAGAAGGACAAAUUUAUUUGGUUUUCGGGAAUUAUUGACGGUGUCCAUUGGCUGGAAAGAGGCAAUCAUGUCUGAUGGAAGGAUAUCUUCGUCAUCGUCCAGCAGCAGCUCCUCCUACUGCCACUGUAGCGACAACUGCGGUGGAUCAUAUUCAUGCAACAAUGAAAAUGAAAACAUCAUAUCCUUUGAAAAAUACUGGGAGCACAAUAUCAAACAGUCAGAUGACAACAGGGAAGAUAUAAUGAGAGCUGCAUUCAAUUUAAAACUUGCUUCAUCAGAUUCGGAGGAAAGCAUAAAGAGUUCUUUUAGUGAAGAUCACUUAGACAGUGUAACAGAAGUUUCCAAUAACACCACACCAUCUCACAUUGCCAUACCGCCAUCUGAUUACGAUAAACCAUGUCUUUCUAGCUAUUUUGUGCCAGAGAAGUAUACUAAAGCUAAAGUGGGAACAUUCAGAAAAUCUGGAGAAAGAAAUUUCAAAAUUGAAGCAAGUUCAGCAAUAAAUAGAAGGAAGAAGCAGUUUGAGAUUGAUAGGCAGAAUAUGAUAAUGCUUCGAAAACUAAGAGAAGUGAAGCCAGUAGUGGUCUUGCCAAGAUAAAUGAGUUUUCAAAAACCUAUUUAUUUGUUACUGUGAAGAUAAAUAAAUUACAAAAAAUAAAAUUUAUUUGUUAUUUA